AGGAGAAUGGAGGAUGGGGCAGUGGAGCGGAAGUGGAACGCACGGAACUGUUAACGUCUGAAAGUCCAGCUCUUAUGCGGAGGCACCUCUCUCGCUCUUUCCUAUUCGUGCGGUCAGACGAAUUAACCACCGUUGAUAUUGCAGAAGUCGAACCCCAAUAAACCAUAACAAAAACCAAAAUAAAAUUAACUUAAAAAAAAAAAAAACUGAACUAAAAGGCCUCCCAGAGAAAGAUUUUGGAGCUUCUUCGUUUUUAUCCCAGUCUGGCUUCAAGGCCAUGGCUGCUAAGAAAAUUAUAGCAAUAUGUCAGUCCGGUGGGGAGUUCGUGACCAAUAAAGAUGGAUCCCUUUCGUACAGUGGGGGUGAUGCCUAUGCAGUAGACAUUGAUCACCAAACCCAACUCGAAGAUUUCAAGUCGGAAAUUGCUGAUAUGUUUAGUUGCAGUGCUGAUACGAUGAGCAUCAAGUAUUUCCUUCCUGGUAACAAGAAGACUCUCAUUACAAUCUCCAAAGACAAGGACUUACAGAGAAUGCUCAAUUUUCUUGGGGAUUCUGUCACCGUUGACGUGUUUAUCAUCUCUGAGGAAGCUGCUGCUAGGAAUGUAUCCAACAUGCCAGCUAGUAGGUCAAGCAGGACAACUGUGUCCGAAGCUGUGGUUCCUAUUGUUGAGCCUGUUGACGUGGCAGUUGAUAUGGGCAAUGCCAGUGAUCGACUUGACAUGGAGCUCAAUGAACCUCCUUUGCAUUGUGUUCCUCUGGGUUCUUAUGAUGACAAGCAUCACAAAGCUGCACAGCAGUGGGAAAACACAAUUACUGGGGUGGACCAGAGGUUUAAUAGUUUUAGUGAAUUCCGAGAAGCAUUGCAUAAGUACUCGAUAGCUCAUGGAUUUGCUUACAGAUAUAAGAAAAAUGACAGUCAUCGUGUUACUGUAAAAUGCAAAUCCCAAGGGUGCCCAUGGCGGAUAUAUGCAUCCAGGUUGUCUACCACCCAGUUAGUUUGUAUCAAGAAAAUGAACACGAAUCAUACAUGUGAAGGAGCUGCAGUGAAAGCUGGGUAUCGAGCAACUAGAGGUUGGGUGGGAAGUAUCAUAAAGGAGAAGUUGAAAGUUUCUCCUAACUACAAGCCAAAGGAUAUUGCAGAUGACAUCAAACGAGAGUACGGAAUUCAAUUGAAUUAUUCUCAGGCAUGGCGUGCAAAAGAAAUUGCGAGGGAGCAGCUGCAAGGUUCCUAUAAAGAGGCAUAUAAUCUGUUACCCUAUUUCUGUGAGAAGAUAAAGGAAACCAAUCCUGGCAGUAUUGCAACAUUUACCACUAAGGAGGACUCAAGCUUCCAUCGUCUCUUUGUAACUUUCCAUGCCUCAAUUUUGGGUUUUCAACAAGGUUGCCGUCCUCUCCUUUUCCUUGAUAGCACUCCUUUAAAUUCAAAAUACCAAGGUGUAUUGUUGACUGCAACAGCAGCAGAUGGUGAUGAUGGUAUCUUUCCUGUAGCCUUUGCGGUUGUGGAUGCUGAAUCUGAGGAUAACUGGCGCUGGUUCUUAACAGAACUGAAAUCUGCCCUGGAAAUGGAACUGAAACAACUGUCAACAUCUCAGCAGUUCACGUUUGUUGCUGAUUUUCAGAAUGGUCUGAAAGAGUUAUUGGCUGAGAUAUUUGAUAAAUGUUACCAUGGCUAUUGUUUACGCCAUCUUGCAGAGAAGCUUAACAGGGACUUGAAGGGGCAAUUUUCUCACGAGGCAAGGAGAUUCAUGAUCAAUGAUUUUUAUGCUGCCGCUUAUGCACCGAAACUCGAUGGUUUCCAGCGUAGUGUAGAAAACAUUAAAGGCAUUUCACCUGAGGCUUACAAUUGGGUCAUUCAGAGUGAACCAGAGCACUGGGCUAAUGCAUUCUUUGCAGGAGCAAGGUAUAACCACAUGACAUCAAACUUUGGUCAGCACUUCUACAGUUGGGUAUCAGAGGCACAUGAGUUGCCGAUCACACAGAUGAUUGAUGUGUUACGAGGCAAGAUGAUGGAAUCUAUUUAUACAAGACGAGUGGAUUCCAACCAGUGGAUGACAAAACUAAUACCAUCCAAGGAAGAGAAGCUAGAAAAAGAAACUUCAAUAGCUCGAUCUCUACAAGUGUUGCUCUCACACGGUAGCACAUUUGAGGUUCGUGGGGAUUCUGUUGAGAGUGUUGAUGUUGAUCACUGGGAUUGUAGCUGCAAGGGAUGGCAACUUAGUGGUUUACCUUGCAGCCAUGCCAUUGCUGUAAUAACAUGCCUAGGUAGGAACCCGUAUGAUUAUUGCGCCAGGUACUUCACGGCUGAGAAUUACCGUCUAACAUAUUCAGAGUCAAUUCACCCUGUUCCAAAUGUGGACAAACCGGUCCAGAGUGAAUCAACUCAGGUAGUGGUUACUGUAACCCCUCCCCCUACAAAACGACCGCCAGGUCGGCCAAAGAUGAAGCAGUCUGAAUCAGUGGACAUAAUUAAACGGCAGCUCCAGUGUAGCAAGUGCAAGGGCCUUGGCCAUAAUAAGAAGACAUGCAAAGGUUCCUAGUAGACAUAUAUUUUAGGAAGGAAGUUGUAAGUAGGUUGCCUUUCAGCUGUAUAUGCUUCUGACUAUUUUUGGGUUUGCAGUUUAGGGUUGAAUUUUUCAAGCUUGAGAUAGCUGUUUAGAUAGUUUCUUUUAUUUGUAAACCAUUCUUUGGUUUGCAAGUUAUUCUAUUAUUCUUAUUCUCAAUUUGCAAUGCUGCUUGACCUUCAACUUAAAUCUUAAAAGUUUCACAAUGCCUUGUUAAGUUACUUUGAUAUA